AUGAUAGAGGGAGAAGCAGCAGUUUGCUGCUCGCUUGUACGCCGGCUGCAGGGCCUCAUGCAGUGGGGGUCUGUGUGUAGAGAGAGCUCGUGGCUGCUGAGCUGCCGCCCGGUUGCUGCUGCUCUUGUCGAUGAGGCGCGCAGCAGACAGGGGGAGAUGAGGAGACAGCAGCAAAACCUAGAAGAAGCAAAAAAUAAUGCUGUACAGACAGCUCAGCGCCUCGCAGUUACAAAAGAAGCACACGAGAUGGAGUUGUCUCGGGUGAAGGAGGGAGCAGAGAGACAGCAGCGGCUGCAUGCAGCUGAGCAGCAGCGGCUAGCAGAGGAGACACUCAAGUGGGCUGCGGGAGGAGCUGGCUACCGAGCAGCAAAGAGGCAGAGAUUUGGUUGCUGA